AUGUGGUCAAUAAAGAGACUGGCGAUUCUGGCCUUGUUGUCACUGUUACACAUUGCUAAGGCUCAAAAAGUGUCAACUCUAAAUGGCCCACUUCUAGGACAACGUCUGUCAGUGUUGGGCAAACCCCUUGACGUGUUCUAUGGAAUCCCAUAUGCCAAGCCUCCUGUAGGUGAUCUUCGCUUCAAGCAUCCUCAGCCUUCAGAGUCAUGGGGACCGGACGUUAGAGAUGCACGAAAACCGACACCAUCUUGCUUCCAACCUGAAAAUGCUCUCUGCACUUAUGAAAAGCACAAACAGACACCCGAUGAUUACAGUGAAGACUGCCUUCAUCUUUCAGUGUGGACGCCAUCAGACAAUGAUGCCAAUCUAGCAGUGAUGGUCUGGAUCUAUGGUGGAGGUUUUUAUAGUGGAUCUACACGAAUGCCACUGUAUGAAGGAAAAUACCUUGCAGCAGAGAAUGACGUCAUCGUUGUAUCAAUGAAUUACAGAUUGGGGCCUUUAGGGUUCGGCUACCUUAGCCCAGAUACCAUCCCUGGCAACAUGGGCUUGAUGGAUCAAAGAUUAGCCUUACAGUGGGUGAAAGACAAUAUUGCCAACUUUGGUGGAGAUCCAACCCGAGUGACCAUAUUUGGAGAAAGUGCUGGAAGCGUCAGCGUGAGUCACCACCUGGUGUCACCAUUGUCACGUGACCUGUUUGACAGAGCCAUCAUGCAGAGUGGGACUCUCACUUGCCCAUGGGCAUACACGGUGCCCAAAACAGCAAAACGGAAACUAAAGAGACUUGCUGAUCUCCUUGAAUGUCCUUCAUCUUCGACAGAUGCAGACAUAUAUGAUUGCUUGAAGACAGCAGAUUCUCGUACGAUGUCAGACCUUCAACUUGUGGCUUUUUUUGAUGAAGGACUUGCAUUUGUUCCAGUUGUGGAUGGGUACUUCCUUCCUGAUGACCCAACAACUCUUCUGUCCAGCGGAUCCAUCAAGCAGACAAGUGUAUUGCACGGUUUUACUGGAGAUGAAGUUACACUGUUUUUGGCAAUGGCGUUGAGGCAAAUGAGAAACGUGUCCACAUUACCCGAAACACUGAUUUUAAGUCAGCCAGAAUAUGAAAGUCUUCUUUCUUUUGACUUUGUUGGCGGUAAAGGAUUUGAAGAGCCUCUUCACCUGUUUUAUGAAAGUCAGAAAGUGAGUGGGUGA